AUGAACACCACCGGAAGCGACGAUUACUACGACCUCGGGCCAUUCCACCGUUCCGUCACAACCACGACGAGUGAUGCACAGCUCUGGUUCGACCGCGGCCUCCUCUGGACAUAUGCAUUCAAUCACAAAGAAGCAGCCAAAUGUUUUGAGCAGGCUCUUGUGCACGACCCUACUUGCGCGAUGGCGCACUGGGGACUGGCUUAUUCUCUGGGUCCCAAUUACAACAAACCGUGGGAGCUCUUCGAUCAGCAAGAUCUGAGGAUCACUUUGGAGCGGACUCACCAAGCGGCUGAACAAGCAAGGGAACACGCUGCGCAGGCUACUCCGCUUGAGCGAGCGCUUGUCGAGGCAGUACAAGUUCGGAAUCCGGUCGAUCCUUCGGACAGGAAUUUCGAAGCCUACAAUCAAGCAUACGCCAUCGCCAUGCAAUUGGCUUACCGCAAUCACCCCGACGAUCUUGAUGUUGCCACACUCUACGCCGACGCCUUGAUGAAUUUGACGCCAUGGCAACUAUGGGACCUCCGCACCGGAGAGCCUGCACCUGGAGCACGUACCAUGGAGGCAGUAGAAGUCCUUGACCGCGCCUUGGCUCAGGAAGGAGGCCGUGACCAUCCCGGUCUCCUACACAUGUACAUCCACCUCUGGGAAAUGUCUGGCACUCCCGAACGUGCGGUGAGCGCAGCCGACCGCCUGCGUGCGAUGUGUCCAGAUGCCGGGCAUUUGCGCCACAUGCCUUCACAUCUCGACAUUCUCAUCGGCGACUACAGGCGUGCCAUAGCGUCUAAUGCAGAGGCGAUCGCUGCGGAUGACAAGUAUCUCGCUCGCGAGGGAGGGAUGAACUUUUACACCUUCUACAGAGUCCACGAUUACCAUUCUCUGAUCUACGCCGCCAUGUUCGCCGGACAAUCGGAAGUUGCCUUGCAAUUCUGCGAACGCAUGGAAGCCUCAAUUCCACAGGAGCUUCUUGAGAUGGAGUCCCCACCAAUGGCCGACUGGCUGGAGAGCUUCCUGUCUACGCGGGUGCACGUCCUCAUUCGAUUCGGGAGUUGGGACGAUAUUCUUGCACAGAAGCUCCCUAAGGAUCAGAAGCUCUAUUGCGUAACAACUGCGAUGUUGCAUUACGCCAAGGGUGUUGCUCUGGCGGCCACUGGGUACGUGAAGGAAGCGGAACAAGAGCGCGCCCUUUUGCACGCUGCAGCAAAGCGUGUUGUGCAAACACGCAUGUCUUACACCAACAAAUGUCUCGAUCUUCUGGAAGUCGGUAAAGCCAUGCUCGACGGCGAAUUGGAGUACCGCAAACGUAACUACGACGUGGCAUUCGAGCAUCUGCGCAGGUCGAUUGCGCUCGACGACUCGCUCGUCUACAGUGAGCCGUGGGGCUGGAUGCAGCCUACCCGCCAUGCUUACGCUGCGCUUCUCCUCGAACAGGGCCACGUUGAGACGGCGGCGGCGGCGUAUGCAGCGGACCUCGGGUUUGACGAUACUCUACCCCGCGCUCGUCAACAUCCGAAUAAUGUUUGGGCGUUGCACGGCUACCACGAGUGCCUCACACGACUGGGGCGCAGUACGGAAGCUCGUAUCAUUCGGCAACAGUUGGACUUGGCGGUAGCUUGCGCAGAUGUUCCAGUCAAGUCUUCUUGCUUCUGCCGAGACCCCACGAGGAUCCGUGAUGCUUGCCAUUGUUGA